CCGCCUUCAGGCGCCCGAAGAGUGCGGGCAGCCGCAUGUCCUGCGGGAGAGAGGAGCAGAGGGAGGGGACCACGGCCGGUCAGCGGGGCGGGCAGGCCCCGGACAGCCAUGGCGGCGGCCCGUUCGCGUUCCCUCUGGCGGGCAAGGCAGGGCAGGGCGGCCCGGCCUCUCCUGUCCGCUCACCUCAGCUCACCCCGCCGGGAUCCACCUGCGGCGGCCGCGCGCGCCACUGCCGCUGCCGCUUCCGCGUCUGCUCCGCGGGCCCCGCCCCCAGUCCCGCCCCGGCCCGGCCCCGCCCGCCGGCCCCGGCGCGGGAUCCCGCGCCCCGCGGCGCCCCGCGCGGCUCCCCCGGGCCCGCCGCGCCCCGCCGCGCGCCCCGCCGCGCCCCCCGCAGACCCCGCCCCGGCCGCGCGCCGGCCUCCGGCGCUGCGCGCGGGGCCACGUGUGCGGGCGGGCGGGGAGGCGGCCUCGCGCCGCCCGUUUAAAUGUCCCGCGCGGCGCGGGCCGCGCUGUGCGCAGGGACGGGAGCGGCCGCGGUGUGAGGCAGGAGGCGCCCAGCGGAGCCCGCCCGCCCGCGCUCCCGCCCUGCCCCCGCGCCUCGCCGCCGCCAGACGGGCACCCAGCGCCUUCGCCCGGGAAGGUCCGGGCCUGCCGGCGCGGCGCGACUGCGCGGAGGAGAAGGCUCCCGCCAAGGGGGACGGGUGUGCGGAGGGCGCCAUGCGAGCCCGCAAGAGGAAAGCCGAUGUGGCCACGUUCUUACAGGAUCCGGAUGAAGAGAUUGCCCAAAUGGAGAUGACUAGAAAAAAGCAGUAUGAAAACCAGCCAUCCUGGAAUAACGUUCACAAAAAUGCCCAUAUGCUGCUUCCUACUCCAGAUAAAGAUGAUGAUCCAGUUGGUGUUGAUUACUCUCCCUUUAUACAUCUGAGUGUUGUUCAAACUAGAGCUUCACCAUUACCAGUUCUAGGCUGGGCAAACAGAGAUGACGUAUGGAAAAACAUGAUGAAAAAAGAAGAGACGUAUGUGAGGGAUAAACUUUAUAUGCAAAGGCACCCUCUCCUGCAACCUAAGAUGAGAACAAUCCUUCUAGACUGGCUAAUGGAGGUUUGUGAAGUCUACAAGCUUCAUAGAGAAACUUUUUAUUUAGCACAAGAUUUCUUUGAUCGGUUCAUGGCAACACAACAGAAUGUUGUAAAAACACUAUUGCAGCUUAUUGGUAUCUCUUCUUUAUUCAUAGCAGCAAAGCUUGAGGAAAUUUAUCCACCGAAGCUGCACCAAUUUGCCUAUGUUACAGAUGGAGCUUGUACGGAAGAUGAAAUCCUCAGUAUGGAAUUGAUCAUUAUGAAGGCUCUUAAUUGGAACUUAAAUCCACUGACAGUUGUAUCAUGGCUAAACAUUUACAUGCAAGUUGCAUAUUUAAAUGAGCUUUAUGAGGUAUUGCUGCCACAAUAUCCACAGCAAAUAUUUGUACAAAUAGCAGAGCUCUUGGAUCUCUGUGUGCUGGAUAUUGGCUGCUUGGAAUAUACAUAUGGAGUACUUGCAGCUUCUGCUUUGUAUCACUUCUCCUCAUCCGAGUUGAUACAGAAAGUUUCAGGUUAUGAAUGGUGGGAGAUAGAGGAGUGUGUAAAGUGGAUGGUUCCGUUUGCGAUGGCUAUAAGGGAAGUAGGAAGCUCCAAACUUAAACACUUUAGAGGUAUAGCUCCUGAAGACUUGCACAAUAUACAGACGCACGUAAACUGCUUGGAUUUGCUGGACAAAGCUCAAGCAAAACAAGCCAUAUUGGCUGAGCAAAAUAGGACUUCACCUUUCCCCACUGGUGUCCUUACACCACCACAGAGCAGUAAGAAACAGUGUUCUGGACCGAAGCCAAUAUGACUUUAGAAACUGUUGACAGACAGUUUUGCUGAAGUGCCUGUUCUGCUGGUUCUAACUCCUGCUCCAUUAUGGAAAUGCUGCCAGUGAAGUUCAUAAGCUUUUAUGGAAUCUGAAAAGGAAAUCUUUUUUUCAUGACAGAAGAAUUUUUCUAUUUGAAAUAUUUUAUUGAACAUUAAAAUAUUUUAAGUAAAUGGAUCGAGUACACCAGCCACUUAAAAGAACACCGAAGAGUGCUCCAAAUGCUGCUAUGGAGGGUGAUGCUUGAUGUGACCAACUGUUCAGAAAAAGGGCUUGAAGUUUAGAUUAGUUGCUGUGUCUGCUUGUCCUUUGGAUAAUCUGCAGUCAUACUGUCCCCUGUUGACAAAUGUGCAAAAAGUGCUGUGGAAGACAACAUUUCAAAGCCUCUUUUUUCAAAUGGUUGGCUUACAACUUGAUGCCUUUUCAAAAACUCUUUACUGUAAAUGCUGCUAUGUCUCUGUGUAUCCAUUUUUAAUAAAAAUGCUGUCUAAGACAGCCGGUUUUAUGUAUAUUCCUAUUUUUCUUUUAAUUAUGAUCAGCUAAGGUUUUUCAGACUAUGACCACUAGUAGUGUGGGAGUUGGGGAUCAAUAAUGUAGUAACUGUUGUUUUAUUUAUUUACCACUACUGGCUUAUCAAUUAAAACUUCCUUUUUGGAUACCAAGAUAAAGUUGUCAUGUUGGGCUACUUGGAUUUCCCUUAGCCAGAUGCAGGUGGCUGGGGAGGGGAUAAGAAACAUGACAAGUAUCUGGGGAAUCCUUCCACAACUCACUGCCUGAUGAUAUUGUGAAAUUCUUGAAUCAAAUUGUCUGGAUUGUUACGCUGAAUGGCAUGAAGUGAUCGGUGGGAAAAGCUUACCUUUGCUUGAAACUAAUCAUUUAAACUUUAGGAGUUUGGCAUGUCUUUGACAAGUAAUUGUCCUCUGUGCAGAACUCAGUUCUGGAAUGGUGUGUGCCUUUUUGCAGGAAGAGUUGUCCUUGACCUUUGGGGAGUCUGAGAAGUCACAGUAAGAUGCUUUAUGGGAAGUGAUGGUUCUGGAGAAAAGAGGAAUAGCAAAAUAAAUGUAAAAACUGUUGCUUGUUUUUUUCAUCAUGUUCACUUUGAAAGACUGUUCAACAACACUGAAAACUUUUGUGAGACGAUCAGGAUUCAUCACGUUCUCCUGUAGAUAACUUAUAUGCUACAACACUUAUAUUUCAGGAAGCUCCUACUCUGCUGUUGGUUAAUUUUUCUAAACAUUAGUUCCCAGCAAGGCUGCUUUUUAUUUUUAAGUUAUUCUCCUUUUUACUCUUCCCUGACCCAGUAUUCUGAUGAAUGUUAAAGCUUUAAUGUAAUAAAAAUGCCUAUGGUAACUAAUGGUAAGCAAA